AUGUUGUUUCUCAAGAGACGUCGUGGUCGCGGCGGCAAGCGACGCGGGCGUCAACGAGUCACAACCGUAUCACCAGAGGAUGACUCUAAGAAUGGGACCACCACCGAGGUGCCUGUAGCUCGGAAGGGAGACAAAAGAAAUUACGUGAAGAAAUCCAGCUACGAUAUUUAUGAGCCACCGGGCAAGGACUUUGAGUCAGGCUACGUAGAAAUGCCAAAGGACUUGUACCAAGCGCACCUGAGACCUGGCGUCAUCUUCAGGAUUCACAUGUCUGAAGCUGUCCUCAAAAUGCAGUACAGAAAUUACGGCGAAGACAAAGACGAGUCAGUGAUCGAAGCAGACGUGGAGUACCUCCGACUGACGAGGAAGGUCAUCAACGAUGAGAUCACCAAGUUUGAGGACCUGCAGUGGCUCAUCGGGUGGUUCCAUAACAGAACCGAUCUGAUACAGGAGCACAUGUGUAAUACUAGGUAUUUUACUGUGGGAACUCCCCCAACGAUGUUCACGCACUCAGAAGAGUACAUGAAGCGACUGUGCCUGUUCGACGGCAUCUACAUAGACCAUAUACCGUACGUUGUGGGCGAGGAUAGCUCUCUGAUGGCGGCUGUCGCACCUCCCGUACUGCACUGUGACGCCGCUACCUGCACUUCUGUGCCUUUUAUUGAUAGCGUGAUGUUCGACGAGCGUCUAGCGCGAACGAAUGUGCGCACGUUGACGCGUUGUCAAGCGUCUUGCCGCGCUCACUGCCGCAACGAUCCGGACUGUCUGAAGCGGUGUUCUGAUAGGUGUCUGCGGGCUGACUAGACUUCAGACCAGUUGAAGUUAUAAGGCAUAUAAAUAAAUGUAUUGAU